AUGCCCCGAGACGACGCUACCGGAACCGGUUACCGCAGGCUGCUGAACGACUAUGCUGACUCGGGGACGCAGAUCAGUCAGGAUCGCCGAUGGCAUGCGCGCCAGGACGAUAUAGUCGACCCCAUCGACCGGUUUGGGCUGAUGCAGAUGCUCAACGUCAUCGUCUUCGUCGUGCUCGUCGCGGCGACGUUGGCGGAGAAGAAACAUACCCUGUGGAAGGCGGCGAACAGCGGGAGCCACAUGUUUGCGGAGAAUACGCACUACAAGUGCGCGAGCAUGUACAAUAUGCUAUUCCUCCUCUGGGAAUUGAGGUCGGUAAUGCCAGGGGUUGCAAUUUGGAGGUGGUCGGUCACUACUCCCGGCUCGUCCGGGAAUGAGUGA